GCGCUCAGCCAAUCCCGUACGUGCGAUGGCACACUUCAUUUGCAUAAAGCGCAUAUAAGUUAAAAGACGAGUUCGCGUCUCAGAUAACUGUUUAUAUUAAAUUCCGUGAAAAUGUCUGACUCAGCUCUCCCCAAACCCGCCCGGAAAGGCUCCAAAAAAGCCGCUAAAACUCAGAGCAAAGUUGUUAAGAGGAGGAGAAAAGGCCGGAAGGAGAGCUACGCCAUCUACGUCUACAAGGUGCUGAAGCAGGUCCACCCCGACACCGGCAUCUCCUCCAAAGCCAUGGGCAUCAUGAACUCUUUCGUCGGGGACAUCUUUGAGCGCGUCGCCGGUGAGGGCUCGCGCCUGGCGCUCUACAACAAGCGCUCCACCGUCACCUCCCGGGAGAUCCAGACCGCCGUGCGCCUGCUGCUGCCCGGGGAGCUGGCCAAGCACGCCGUGUCCGAGGGCACCAAGGCCGUCACCAAGUACACCAGCUCCAAGUAAACAGGAAGCUCACCUGUAAACAACAACAACAACAACAACAACAACAACAACAACAA